AUGAAGCAGACACCAACAACCGAUCAAGGCGUGCGCAGCAGAAAGAAAACGUCAUCCGAACAAAAAAAGUUCAUUGGAGUUCGCCAAAGGCCAUCGGGAAGAUGGGUGGCUGAGAUCAAAGACUCCCUACAAAAGGUAAGACUGUGGCUCGGGACUUUUGACACGGCCGAAGAUGCAGCACGAGCCUAUGAUAAUGCAGCGCGUCAGCUCAGAGGAGCAAACGCCCGCACCAACUUUGAAUUGUCUCAGGCUGAAUCUGAUUCUAUCCUGUUUGAGAAUAUGGAGUCAUUUUCCUUCGAUGCAAUGUGCAAGACAGAAGAGCCUGAGGGGCUUAUUGGUGCACUCAAGGCCAAGCUAUCUAAUGAAAAGAGCAACUCUUCAUCUAACAUGAAAUUGAACUUUCUUGGAGCUUUGAAUUCGUAUCCAAAUAACGCGAAAAGUAGUCGACAAUCUUUAGAAGCCACUCGGGUUUCCAAUCCAACUCAAAACAUCACUAAUUUGAUGCCAAAUGACCAUGAUUCUAUUAAAGUGCAGCUUCAUGACAGCAAUAAUCUUGUUGCCAUGACUUCGAACGAGCUCGACAUACCUUGGGCAUCACAGAAGAGUCGAGUACAUGACGAGUCGAGCUUGACUGUCAUCAAUACUGCCUGGCCACUAGUUCAUGCAUCUCAAGCUGCUUUGGACUUGUCUUACCCAAGUAAUUCCAAUGGUGAAUUGCUUACAAACGAUAUGGAUAUGAAUAUGGUACAAGUGAACGGAUCCACACCUUGUGUUUCUACGUUAGACUCACAACAUAUACAGUAUGAAAACAACAAUUGGUUUAAUGAAGCUAAUGUUGUCUGGGACCCUAACAACCUAUUUGUACCUUCGGUUGUUAUAUGA